CGUCCUACAUGCUGACAAAGAAGCUUCCUGCGGUGCGCAGUUUUCUGCUGCUGGUCUCCAGACGCGUCGGCCACCUCGGGCAGCAGUACAAUGUUAUUGUGGUGGGUGGAGGUCAUGCAGGGACCGAGGCGGCGGCGGCAGCAGCCAGAGUGGGAGCCGAGACUCUCCUGGUCACACAGAAAAUCCACACAAUCGGUGCUCUGUCCUGCAACCCGUCUCUGGGAGGAGUAGGGAAAGGCCAGCUCGUGAAGGAGAUAGACGCUCUGGAUGGGCUGUGUGGUCGAGCUGGAGACUACGCUGGGAUCCACUUCUCCAUCCUGAAUCGGAGAAAAGGCCCCGCUGUGUGGGGUCCGAGAGCCCAGCUGGACCGGCAGCGCUACCGUGAAUUCAUUCAGUCUGAGCUGCUGUCUACUCCCAGGCUGACGGUGUUGGAGGGCUCAGUGGAGGAGCUGCUGGUGACAGAACUAAACCCAGAGGAGCCCGGAAAGCACAGAGUCACCGGGAUACGUUUGGCAAACUGCGACCACUCCAUCUCUGCCAGCUCAGUGGUUCUAACCACCGGUACUUUCUUGUCCGGCUCCCUCUUCGUGGGCCAAACCUCAUCCCGGGGUCGGAUUGGAGAUGCUCCAUCGAGUGCUGGUCUGUCCCACACGCUGAGGGACAGGCUGAGGCUAAAGAUAGGCAGGCUGAGGACUGGUACCCCUCCCAGGAUUGUGAGGGAUUCAGUGGACCUUUCCUUGACUGAGCUUCACCCCCCUGACAGUCAUCCGACCCCGUUCAGCUUCCUCAACACCCGCACACAUUGCAAGCCUGAAGAGCAGCUGCCUUGCUACCUGACCUACACUACGCCUGGCGUGGAGAGAGUGGUGAGGGAGAGCCUUCAUCUCAACUGUCACAUACAGCAAGACACCAAGGGGCCCAGGUACUGCCCCUCCAUCGAGUCACGAGUCCUGCGCUUCCCAGGCCGGCAGCACCAGGUGUGGCUGGAACCUGAGGUGACCUCUGACCUUUUGUAUCCACAGGGUCUGUCCAUGACCAUGCCACCCGAUACGCAGCUCCGUCUCAUCAGAGAAAUCCCCGGCAUGCACAGAGCGGAGAUCCACACACCUGGUUAUGGAGUACAGUAUGACUUUGUGUGUCCGACUCAGCUGAGCCCUGCACUCCAGGUGAAAAGCACUCAGGGUCUGUUUCUGGCCGGUCAGAUUAACGGAACGACGGGGUACGAGGAGGCCGCUGCACAGGGGUUUGUGGCGGGGACCAACGCUGCCCGCUGGGCGCUCUCCAUGCCUCCAGCAGUGCUGUCUCGAACAGAGAGCUACAUUGGGGUUCUCAUAGAUGAUCUGGUGAGUCGAGGUGUCACUGAGCCUUAUCGCAUGUUCACCAGCCGGGCUGAGUUUCGAACCUCUCUGAGGCCAGACAACGCUGACCUCCGCCUCAGUCUGAAAGGGUGGAAGGAGGUGGGCUGUGUGUCUUCGCUGCGCUACCACGAAGCUUUAAGAGUGAAGAACAGCCUCCAGGAUGCACUGACAUCCCUUCAGGCUCUCAGUAUGUCCACCACCAACUGGAGAAAAAAGCUGCCCAGCAUCCAUAUUAGUGAGACCAAGAGCAGCAUACUGACUGGUAUGGACGUGCUGCAGUACAAAGAUGUGACCUUUGAAAUGUUGGCAAAUGUCUUCCCAGAGCGCCUUUCAUCUUACAUGGAGUUCUCACAAAGACUCAAGAUAGAAGCUGUUUACAAGCCUCACUGUGACGCAAACAAGAAAGAGAUUGAAAGAAUUCAGAGGGAGGAGAACAUGUCUCUGCCACAGGACAUCGAUUAUCUUUCUUUGCCAGUGUCACUGUCUCAGGAAGUCAGAGAGAUUCUGGACAGAGUUCGGCCAAGCACUCUGGGCGCUGCUACUCGUCUGGAAGGUGUAACUCCUGCUGCCAUAGUGAAUCUCCUCAACUAUGUGAACUUCAGUGGAAAAAAGGAGAAAAGAACGCACAGAAACCAAACAGACGAGAGAGAAGACGAGCAGCGUGCAAGAAAUGUAUCUUUGCCUCAGUAAUAUGACUCAAACAGCCUUGUAAAAAUGUUUGUAUUUAUUUAAAAUGAACAAAAGAAUAAAUUAAGGUAUUUUAGGAUGA